AUCAUCAUAAACAUUUCAGAUAUAUGGAUGUGAAAGAAGUGGUUUGUUUCAUGCAUUUGCCAAGCACAUUUUACAUUCACUUAAGAUACCUCUGCAUAUUAGAGCAAAUGAUAAAGUAAGGAUUACAUUAUUAUCCAGAGGCACUACUUAUCGAAAGAUACUUAAUGAGGAGGAAAUUGUGAAGGAGUUACUCAAGAAUAAAGAAUACCAUGUGGAGCGAGUUGUUUAUGACAGAACAAUACCUUUCUCACAACAAUUGGAAAUGACACACAACACUGAUGUGUUCAUAGGAAUGCAUGGAGCUGGGUUGACACAUUUACUAUUUCUCCCUGAUUGGGCAGCAGUGUUUGAAGUAUACAAUUGUGAGGAUCCUAACUGCUAUUCGGAUUUGGCCAGACUUCGCGGUCUUAAAUACGUCACAUGGGAAAAUAAAACGAAACUAUUUCAGGAGGACGAAGGACAUGGCCCCGGUGGUACAUCGCAUGCGAAAUUCACAAAUUACUCUUUCGACGUCGAAGAAUUUUUGAGAUUGGUGAAAAUAUGCGUCUCAUAUGUGCAGCAAAGACAGGACUUCCAAAAUUUUGUGAAGGCAUCUAUUGAAUCUCGACUUAUCAAUGACGAGUUGUAAAUUGUAUUGUAGAGUAAGACUUAACUCAAAUAUUGUGAUACUAACUUGGAAUUAUUUUAUAGUACAAUUUAUGGUGUACAAUUAUUUUUUUUAAUUUAAGUUGCUUAUAUAUUUUCAGAAUUAAGCAUACUAUCUAUUCUCUAUCUCUCAUCUAUCAUUAUCUAGUCCUCUUUGAAAGUUGUAAAAGUGACAAUGGGUUAUGGAAAGUGGUCAUGGCAUCUUGCGUAUUGCUUGCUAAUUAUUCCGUUUUUUAUAAAAAUAGGGUCAGUGACUUCUUUAUAACUAAUAACCCAUCAAAGCGUCACAGAAGUCGGAUAAUGUCCACGUUUUACCAGACUGUCUAAUUUGGAUACUAAGCUUUGAAAAAUCUUUUACUUUUUUCAUUUACUGACUAAUAAGUCGAACCUACGAAUAAACCAUAGUCCAAUUAGCUCCAUACCUCAUUUGUGUAAUGAUAGCAUUCAUUCUCUACCACCCGACACCAAUUAAAGUAUUUAAUAUUGAUUGGUUUAAAUAUAUUUUUAAUAUGUAUUAAUGAAUAUUCAUAAAAUAAUGAAACAUUCCAAAUUCUAUGUAAUGCUAUUUUUUAUAUUUUAACAAUAUUUCGGGCCAGUAUCGGUAUCCUAUAUUUAUGUAUGUUAACAAAAAUAUUAGCCUUUUCAAAAGCCAAAAGUUAUGUUUGAAGUUUUAUAUUUAACUACGCGACAGAAGUUGUAUUCGUCACUUGUGUGUCAGGCUUCGUCGAAACUUAGUUAUAAGUGAUCUCAAAUUUAGUAUGUUACGUAAGGAAAUCCUUUAAAAACUUAUUUUAAAAAAUAUCGUCAUUAGUGUCAUCCUCUCUCUAUAAUGCUUUUUAUCACUACUCUCGUGAUUAAUUAAGACAUAAUAUCGCUUGUAA